UAAUUAGUAAUCUGUGCUUAUAAUUUUAAACGUCAUACAGUCAAGAAUGAGAACUUUUAAGUUUUUCACUUUAUUUUUCAUUGGUUUUUAACCUCAAUGAAGUUUUUAGUUUGCUACUGUGAAGUCUAAUUUGUUUUGUUUUUUUUGUCAUUUUAAAAGUUACUGUAAAUAAUAGUGAAAUUUCCUUUUAUUUUUAUUUUUUUCGCAUUUAUAAAAAAAUAAUAAAUAUGAAUGAUGUGUCAGAAAACUGUGAACACAGUAACGAAGAGUCUCAAUUAAAGGAUAGACCAAACACAACCCUGAAACGGCCUUCAAGUAGCCAUGAAGAUAAACCAGCAAAGAUACAUUCGCAUUCCAAUAUAGUUGCGGCUCAUUACAAUCAUCUGGAAGAAAAAGGAUUAAAAGAAAGAUUCAAUUCGCCAAUUUUUUACUUAAGAAAUUUUAAUAAUUGGGUGAAAAGCGUUCUGAUACAAGAAUAUACGGAUAAAAUACGUGAAAAAGAUUAUGGAAGACCGUUAAGAGUGUUGGACAUAUGCUGUGGUAAAGGUGGUGAUAUAAGUAAGUGGCAAAAAGCACGCGUUGAUCAUGCUAUUUUCGCUGAUAUUGCGGAGGUCUCAAUCGAUCAAUGUAAGACCAGAUAUGAAGACUUACGUCUUCGUUCAGGACGAUUGUUUUCUGCAGAGUUCAUAGCUACUGACUGCACGAAUAAUACUCUGAGAGAUAAGUACAAAGACCCAUCUAUAAAAUUUGAUCUUGUGAGUUGUCAGUUUGGCUUACAUUAUAGCUUCGAGAGCUUAGGGCAAGCACGUCGUAUGCUCUCUAAUAUAUCAGAGUGUCUUAAACCAGAUGGGUACUUUUUCGGAACAAUACCUGAUGCAUAUGAAAUAAUAAGUAGAUCAAAAAAAUCCCAUAGUGUUUCUUUUGGGAAUAGAAUAUUUAAUAUAAAAUUACUAUUUGACCCUGAUGAUGGAUAUCCACUAUUUGGUGGAAAAUAUGAUUUUCACCUUGAGGGUGUUGUAGACUGUCCAGAGUUCCUAGUAAAUUUUGAGUUAUUUUUAAAAUUAGCAAAAGAAUAUGGCUUAGAAUUAGUAUACAAGGCGAGAUUUGAUGAUUUCUUCAAAGAUUUCUCUGAUAAAUAUAGAGAUUUGUUACAAAGGAUUAAAUGUUUCGAGUUCUACCCAGCCCUGCCUAAUAGAGAACUAAUAGGUGAUGAAAAAGACUAUGAACACGCAAAAACCUAUUUUGAAAAUAUGACAAACAAAAAUGAAAAGCUUGUUACAAUGAGCCAAUCAGAAUGGGAAGUUGCAACUAUUUAUUUAGCAUUUGUGUUCAAGAAAUGCAAGUCGACUAUGGAUUUGAAUGGAAAACCCGUCUACAUACAUACAACAAAAACGUCAUCUCCUACACAAAAAUAACAUUUUGGUAUUAUUUAGAUUCAAUGUAUUUAAAUAAAAUUCAGCUUAAUUUAGCUUUAUAUUGUCAGUAAUACUGCAAUGCCUGCUAAUACUGCAUAACACCAAAACUCAAAAAUAAGAUUCUGUGGAGGCUUUUUAUAAUAGUUGGCAUUGGCAAGCUAAGCGCUUUCUCUAAUAAAAAUGCUUCAAAUGAGAGAAGUCAAAACCGCGGGAGCAAUAAAUCAUCCAAAAGUAUUUCCUAAACUGUGUAUCUAUGUAUCAUGUCAUGGGAAGAGUGGCAGUUGCUUGGGCGCCUUUGGCGCUGACCUUUUAUAUAGGUGUUACAACAUAAAAUUCUUAAAAUAUUGCCACCAAAUUUUAACUGUAUAUUUUUGAAAUACUAUACUUUCGAAAUAUGAAAAAAAAAAGAUUUUUUGAAAUUUCUAGACCACCGGGUCCUCUUGGGCUAUGGGUUCUACAUGUAACUGUAUAUUUUGUGCUCAUAGUAAAAUUUUAUUUUUCGCUAACAAAUUUUUAGACAUGUUUGAAUCAUGACAUGAGCGAAGAAAAAUAUCUUAAAAGAUCUAAUCGAACGAUUCCAAAAAAAUACAUGUCUUUCCUAUUCAAAUUAUUACUGUCCGUUUAAGCUCCAAACAAUACGUUAAAGUGGUAAUAGUAAACAUAUGAAAGCUUUUAUUUGACAUUUUAGAGGAGGGUAGAGAAAUAUUUUUAUUUCAAUAUAGUUUCAACCUUAAGAACAUGUCACCUGUUACAAGAAUUUGCUAGACAAAUUUAUUGUUUAGGAAGCUUCUCUAGUAUAAAACAACUGAAUAAUGUAAUAAACUUAUGGCUCGAAAUGUUUUUCUUAGCUACAUUUUGUUGUUACAAUAUUAACUAAAAAAUAUUCUUAUAAAUAAUGAAAUUUAAUGUAACUAUAAUCGUUUACUUUAUCCUUGUAACAAUUACGCGAAGUUGAAGAAACGGUCAAUGUCAAUUAAUUUUUGAAGCUGCAAUAUCGCGAAAAUUUUAUUUUUUAGCCCACAAAUAAAAAAAAGGGAUUAAUCAGAAGAUGUGGUAAAGUACGUAAAUUUAUAGUCAUGUUAUAUUUCAGUCGACUAAAGAAAAUAUUAAGUUUUUUCUGUGUACUUAUGGCCUUCUUACCACUGCUGGUUACGCGGUAUUACAGUGUUACAGACAAUAUGUUUUAAGCAUGAUUAAGGUAAACUUUUACAUUAUCUCGAGUAAUCAAGACUGUUAAAAUGAAAGUAAUUAAAUUAUGAUAUCAAAGUAAUUAAAUUAGUUAAAAUGUAGUACUGAAUGUACAGUUUGUAAACGUCCAGUUGUCGAAAAAAAAAGUAUGCUUCAUGUAUGGAGAAGGAUUAAAGCAUAAUUUGCCGUACAGCUCUAACCUAACGCUGUUUUGGCGCAUUCUGUAUACAUAAUAAUCUUUCAAUUAAAUAUAAAUAAUGGUAUUAUAUAUGUAGGACUAGUUAAAAAAAGUUAAUGUACCUUAAGUGUUCAGAAUUAUGUUUUGUUAAAAUUAUAUUACAAACAAUGUAAAUCUUCCAUUUACGAAUAAGUGCUUAACUUAUUAUUUUUGAGAUACUUAAUUUUGUCUCGAGUACAGUAUGUAAAAUGUAAGAUUUAUUUUAAAAAUUUAUUUAAAUAGCCGCACUUAAACUGUUAUGUACGUAAAUUUGCUACAGAAUUAUACAAAAAAUAAUGAAUUUUUGGUUUGUAAUAACUAAAUAAAAUUUCUUCCUGACUU